AUGCCGAUUUUUGAACAGGCGGCCCAUGAGCUGGCCAAGUGGCAAGUGCAGCCAGACAAAGUGUGCCUGGCACGCGUGGAUUGCGUAGCCGAGGCGCAGUUGUCGCAAGCCAUGUACAUUAACAAAUUUCCCACGCUGCGUCUUUACCAUCGUGGACAUCCGCUGCGUCGUGAGUUUCGUGGACAACGCUCUGUCCAGGCUUUGGUGGACUUUGUGCAAAAACAGUUUCGUCAACCGUUUAGUGAAUUUCAGCAGCUCGAGCAGUUGGACUCGCUAAAUCCGACAAGGCGUGCAGUUUUGGCUUUCUUUGAGAAUAGAACGCAGCCAGCUUUUGUCAGCUUUGAGCUGCUUAUGGAACGCCUGAAGAACGACUGCGAUUUCUAUGUGCGUUUUGGUGACAAGUUGGCCAACAUAUCGUAUACGCAACUCAUGCCUACAUUAGUCUAUCGACCUGAUGUGGAGCGCACACAUGCGCAGGAUGAGCUGUAUGCUGGCAAUGUGAACAAUGUGCUGCAACUGGAAAGCUGGCUAUACAAGAAAUGCUUGCCACUGGUGCGCCAGGUGGACUUUAGCAAUGUGGAGGAGAUCAUUGAGCAGCGGCUGCCAUUGGUAGUUCUGUUUCAUAUGCCCAACGAUUUGAAUGCGGUCAAGGAUUUCAAGUCCAUUGUGGAAAUGCAGCUGGCUGACUGCAAGGAUUGCGGCAGCUAUAACUUUGUCACUGUCGAUGGACUAAAGUUCAAGCACUCUGUGGCACACAUGGGCAAGACGGAGCAGGAUCUGCCCAUCAUUGCCAUAGAUACGCUGCAGUUUACGUUUCCAUAUCCCAAAUUCAAGGAUAUUUAUAUACCGGGUCAUCUCAAGCAGUUCAUAAAGCACUUGAGCGAGCAUCGCAAGCAGCUGAAACUUAAAAUUGUACAGCAAUCGACCGAGCAGCUGCCACAGCUGACGCCGCCUUCGUCCACCUUCAAGGAGCUGGGCCCAUCCAGGCAUCGCUACACGCUAGUGGAGCGCCAUGAUGAGCUGUGA